UUGUUUAGAUCUUGAAACAUGCCAGACCCGAAGGUUCAACAAUAUGAACAAUCGCUUUUCAAGGAUUAUUCACAUUCAAGUGAUUGCAAUUAUUUCAAGCAGCACUUAUUGCGAAUUCUGACUGUGAGACAUCUAGUGAAGCUAAUUUACGUGGAACUCAUCGUGUACUUGAUAUUGUUCUACACCAUCAAUGGCGCAUAUCGAUUCCUCUUCGACGAUGACCAAAGGAGGGAAUUUGACAAAGUGGUAGAAUACUUCAGUGCAAAUAUCAACUAUUUUGGACGGGACCUAACGUUUUUAUUGGGAUUCUACGUGUCCAUGGUGGCUAAACGUUGGUGGGACCAAUAUCGGCUUCUUCCUUGGCCAGACGAUAUCGCCAUGGGACUUACAGCAUACGUUGUUCCUAAUAAUGUGGAGUCUGAGAAAUUGAGAAAAACCAUCAUCCGCUACGCUCUUUUAUCUUACGUUCUCUGUAUUCGAAGAUUCAGUGCUAAUCUGAAGAGGCAUCUCCCAACAGUGGAAAAAAUCGUCGAACUAGGUAUUCUCAGAAUGGACGAAGUUUCUUUUCUGAAUAUAAAUGACUUCAGUGGAAGCGGCGAAUGUCUUCUAGUGUCCAACUGGUGGCUACCUCUAGCUUGGUCAGCCAAUAUGGUGAAAUUUGGUUCGACAUCAAAUCAGAUUCCCGCCGACCAAAAAGAGCUUAUGAAGGCCAUAUUGAAUUUCCGCAAAGGCUUGGAAUCUGUUGAAAGUCACGUGCACGUGGCUAUUCCUUUGGUGUACAAAGUGGUUGUGAAUACAGCUAUCUAUAGCUACUUUGCCCUCACAUUGAUCAGUGAUCAGAUCUUGGAGCGUCAGGAUGACAAAUUCGACCCGUAUGUUCCAAUUUUGACCCUCUUCAAAUUGGUAACUUUGAUCGCUUGGCUGAAAGUAGCGCAAGCCAUCGAAAAGCCCUUCGACGAGGACGAUUCGGACUUUGAGAUGCAUGCGCUCGUCAAACGCCACAUUCGAACGACCUCAAUCAUUCUGAACGAGUUCGAUAAAGUUCCACCACUGAAAAAUGUGACCUUUGAUCACACCGAAAUCAAAUCGUCGCCCCCUUCAGUGGAAAGUUUUGAAAUGUACGACAGCAAUGCGGAAUCACCAGAGAGUUCCAUAAGCAUGGGAUCCAUGUCCAAGGAAGAAUCCAAAAACCAAGAUCAAGUACCCUAUCAUCAUAAACCAAAAGAUUCGGUCGUGAUCGACGAUCUGAACCCUAAUGGACCUUGGCGGAUAACAACGGCCAAAAUGAACCAAAUCCUCCCGGACAACUCUCUUCGGCCAGCUCAAAAAUCCCAAGACGAGUUAGAUCUGAAGUCUGCUGGUUCCAGUUCAAAUAACAUAAGCAUAGCGUCAUAAAACAUUUAUUCUCAUUGGAUGGGAUACUUCAUGAAUUUAAGGAGAAAAAACGCACGAAAUGAUUUAUCAGUCUCGAUAAGGUCAAGGUAUGCGGCCUUGAAACCAAGGUCCAUGCUAUCUUGACUCGAAUGAAUAAUUAGAUCUCGAAGCCUGGAAACCAAGCAAGCAAGGACAGAGGCCUAAUUAAUUGCAAACUGCACUUCGUCGCUCGUCGGGCAAAAGUCCAGAGAGUCGACUGCGACAAAAAAGGCCUUGGUCACUUUUGAGGGUAAUAGUUGGUUGCAGGUUGCAAGGGGAGGGGAAUGAAAAGAAAUGUGUCAGUGUCCACCGCAAGUCCAGUUAUCCAGAGAGUGCAACUCAAUGUAAGUGAAGCUCGUCAAUAAUUCAAGGAAUUCAAGCAUUACAGUGAAGGUCUUUUGGGUGAGUCUUGAGGUUAUUGAUUGUGCGGUGUUUCAGUUCCCACAAGAUUAUACCCAAUAAGUUCGUGGGAAAUCGACUAAAACGAAAUCUGUUCACAAUUUGAGGAUAUCCUUUAAGACGUUCAAAACUUCAUGGAUAUGGCAGUAGUCUUCAUUUUUCAAAUCACCUUCCUAAUAAAAGCUGCGAGUGCGCUCAAAUGUUUCCAUUGUGGAGAUGAAUUUCCAAUCGCUUGUCGUGAUUUCAAUCUAACAAGUCCUGACUUAUUUAUCCAAGAAUGUAAUGAUCUUGAAAAAGGCUGUCGCAAAGGUUGGUUGAGUGUUCCCUUGCCUGGCCAGGAUAGUGAAAUCCGCUCUUGUACCGUAAUCUCGGAAAGCAUCUGCUUGUACCAAAAUGGAGGGGGAUCUUGUACAUGUUUUACGGAUCUUUGCAACCAAUCUCCAAGCAAAAGUGCCUGCUUAAUUUGGAUCAUAGGGGGGAUCUUUCAAGCUGUUAUGACUCAUUUGAAUGUUUUAGUCUUGGCAAUUGAUAGACAACAACAGUGAUGUAGCGUCUACUCUGCCGGAUGUGAAAUUGUCUGUCUUAUCGCGAAUUCAAUUGAAGGACGAGGCGUUUCUAAAGUGAGAUGUGAGCAUUCACCCUAACAAGAUCCAUCAACAAUCAUAAUGAGUGCCAAAAUCAUCAAGAUUGUUUUAGUGGGCGAUGGAGCUGUGGGCAAAACCAGUUUGGUGUUCGCCUUCACGGAAAAUCCUCUGAAGGAUUCUUAUGAGCCAACCAUAGUCGAUGUCUAUGGUGCUGACAUUGAACUUGCGAAAGAAACAGUCAAGGCCAAAAUUUGGGACACUGCAGGUCAGGAGGCAUAUUCAAGCCUUCGACAAAUGUCUUAUGACGACACGGAUGCGUUUGUGCUUUGUUUCGAUAUAAGCAAUCCAACCUCGUACAAUAAUGUGGAAACUAAGUGGGUGCCGGAAUUGAGGAAGAUGGGGAAUAUACCGAUAGUGUUGGUUGGCACCAAAAGCGACCUCCGUUCCGAUGGGACUGUGCUCGCACAUCUCAAGUCCUUGGGCAAUAAAUCUCCAAUUACAUGUGAACAAGGACAGUCCUUGGCCAAGAAAAUCAAAGCCCAAGCCUACGUGGAGAGCUCAUCCCAAACAAAGCAAGGGAUCAAAGAUGUGUUCCACAAAGCGGCGAAACUAGUCAUUGAUGUAGAAAAGAAACGAAAUAGAUUUAUGUGCUUCUAAAAAUGUUGCUCUUAUUUCGGUUGGUCUGAAUUAGCUAAUCAAUGAAUCAUUCGGCUGCACUACCUCCCAGGAAUAAUAUUUUUUUUUAAGCCAAGACAUAAAAUGAAGGCAUUCUCGGUAUUUCAUUUCGAUAGGGAGGAUUGACUUACGGAUGUGAUUCUUUAUCAAAAACUAAAUGAAUUUCCCCCUUCCAAUACUUCGACACAAACAACAUUUGGUGAAGGCAACAUUCGUCUAUCCAACGUGAAUAUGGAUCCUCAGAAAAUCGUUAUUAUUGGCGAGGGUGGAAGUGGGAAGACUUCCAUAUUAAUGGGCUAUAAGGACAAGACAUUCAAUCCCGAAUGGAUUCCAACAGUGUUCGACAAUUACAUCAUUAAAGUUCCUGUGAACGAUCAAGAGAUUCCAAUAAAUUUGUGGGACACGGCGGGACAAGAAGCAUACGAACAAUUACGGACAAUCACGUAUGAUGGUUGCAAAUUAUUUUUGAUUUGCUUCGAUCUCGCUAAUCCUGAUUCAUUAAUCCAUGCUGAGCAAAAGUGGGCGCCAGAAGUGAGAAAAUUCUCGACGGCCCCAUUUUUCUUGGUGGGAAACAAGACCGAUCUCCGGGAUGCCUUUGACCUUAAAGGCCGAGCAAGUCUGAGGGAUCCUUUGCCAGUGACCACAAAGCAAGGUGAAGGUGUUGCCAGAGCCAUUGGAGCAAAAAAGUACAUGGAAUGUAGUGCAAUGUUGAACAAAGGCUUAAAUGAACUAUUCGAAAAGGCGGCUGGGGAAGUCAUUCCAAAAGAGAGGAGGGAAAAGAAAUUGUGUCGUUUAUUGUAGAUGCUCCGGCGUUUUGCCUCUUCCUCUGUUGAAUAAAAUGAGUUGCUGAAACAGGUUGAGGGUGGAUUUUCUCUUUUCAUUUCCUCUUAGUAACCCCAUGCAAGAUUUCACCCCCGCAUCUCUUUGGCUAUCCGUCUAGCUUCAACCCUUCAACCAUGCACCUAUCAACCUAUCAAGACCCACCUUCCUCCCCCACCAGGUAAGAUUGGCCAGGUCAAAUGAGGAUAGGCCAAGCAUCAAGUCAUUCUUACUUUGUCCACGGGCCUCCACACACUUUUCCCGAGUAAGUCUUCAAAUAUUUCAAACGUUUUAUCCCUUCUGUGAACCUUUUCUCUUUAUUUCGACAGACAAAGAGAUUAGUUCCCUUAGAAUGACCAAGGCCCAGAUUUUGGCUUUAUUAUGCUGCGUGGCGUUAGUCCAUGGAAAAGUCAUUGGCACUCUGAAAGAUCCUUUGAUGGGAACGCCAGAUUCUGUCCUAGAAAGAGCCUCGCAAAUGGUUCACGAACCCAGGCAAUCUGGGUCCCCGUUAAGGUUCUUCAUGAGGACAAGUUAUUCCACGGUGACUCAAACUCAAAUUGUCACGUCAACGUCCACCACCUUCAACACUUGCUACAUGACCGAAAGUGGAAUCAUUCCUUGCAACAAGCGGAGGAAUAUUGAAGUCGAGUCCAAACCCCGAGUCUUCCUCCAAGGCCAAGAGAAAACUUGGGAGGAUAUCAUUCCAACAAGGGUAAGUGACCAUAAAUGCAAAGUCUAAAUAUUUGGUUGAAACGUUUGAACGAUUUCUAGCUUUCUCGGGUCGAGGCCGCAAGUGACGAUGAAAGCGUGAUCGAAUUGGUUUCUAAAGGGGACCCUCUUUUUCAAACGGAAGAACCUUUGGUCGAGAUUGUCACAGUAACUUUGGCUGGAAGAGAGGAUCUUAGUGAAACAACCACUCAAUCAGGAUUGGAGGGGAGAGACGAUGACUCAGAAACAACAACUUAUAGAUCCCCAUCAGAAUCUAAAGAAGACAAUGUUGAAGCAUCAACGUUCUUCACGGAUGUGGAACCCAAAGAAGAUCCUGAAGCAUCAACGUUGUUGCCGGUAUCGGAAACCAGAGAAGAAAAGCCUCUAGAGACCACCAUGACCACCACCAAUAUAGAUUUGGAGGGUAAAGGAGUGGAAGAAGUGAUUCAAUCCGUCAAUCACGAAGUAGUUUCAACGGUGAUUGAAUCCGUCUCUCAGGGUGAAAGCGAUGAAGGUGUGGAAGCUCCGACUGAAUCUAGUAACAUGGUGAUUGCAGCCGAAGUCAAAAAUGAUGAGCAUGAAGCAAUUGAGGGCAGCCAAGAAAUCUUUGGAGUAGAGACCGUGAAAGUCGUUCACAAUGAUAACUCCGAAGAAGUCCUGAGCGUGGCAUCCGUUGAGAACGAAUCUGUCACCGGGACUCCCAAGGGCGACCUUAUCAUUAUUGAGGGUAUUGAAGCCGUAGAAGCCAUGACUGUCGAUCCAAAUGUCGAAACUCUGGAAGGCCGAGAGGACGAAAUUGCUCUAGAGAGCUCAAUCCAAAAUCACAAUUGGAUAGAACGAGAAAUUCAAGGCAUCCAAGGGGACUGCUUUGAUCCCUCAAAUAUCGCUCUCAGAUUUUUGACUGUUGUCGAAACGAAAGUGGCUCACAGGACAACAACCGUUAUAGAGUACGAAACUGGAGCUAAAGUUCAAACUGUAAGAUUCGCCGCCAAUGCUGACGCCUGUCUACCAACUAAUGUAUUUCAUUUGUUCAGUACUAAAUGCGCAUGAUGUGACAAUAAUUGUUCUAGCAUGUACAACUUGAUACGUGAAGUAUUGAGUGUUUUAUUGUUCACUUUCUUUUUGCCGUUUGACUUCCAAAUACAUCAACUCAAGUAAA